AUGGAUCAGCGAUCUUCUGUUGUGUGUCUGUGUAAGACAGCAAAUCACGUCCUCUGCUUCCGAAGCUGCUGCGGCCGUUACCUAACGGCAUCCAACGAGCCCGUCCGUCUCGGCGUCACUGGGAAGAAGGUCACCCGAUCCCUCCCCGCUCGUCUUGACUCCUCCCUCGAGUGGGAGCCCGUCCGCGACGGCGGCCAGGUGAAGCUCAUGACCCGAUACGGCAACUUUCUCCGCAGCAACGGCGGCGUUCCAGUACUACCUUGGCGCAAUUCCGUCACUCACGACGUCUCUCACCGAACCGUUUCUCAAUGCUGGGUUUUCUGGGGCGUCGACGUCGUCAAGGCCCUUCCAUUCAGUCCCCAUCCGGCCGGCCACCGACGUCAAGGCGGACAAAUUGUCGAUGUCCGAUGUCAUGCUAAAAUCUUGAGAUUGUGA